AUGACCGAAAAACAGGAAUACAAAUUCAAAUGGGACGGGAAAGAAAUAAAGCAUCGAUGGGAAGGUUUCGUGAAAUUUGGUAAUGCAUCAGCGGUGGAAAUGACAGGGAAGAAUUUCGAUAAAUGGUUGAAAGAUGGUGGAGUGAUUGAUAACAAAAACAUUACAACAACAAUGACCGGAAUCGCAUUUUCUAAAAUUACCGGACCAAAAAAAAAGGCAAAUUUCAACGAGACGAAAGACGUAUUAGUAGCAGUAGCGGAAGAUCGAGCACGAACAACCAAAAAGGAUCCACAAGAAGAAUUGGACAUCAUCAUUGAAAAAUUAUCAAAAUUAGAAGCUCCAUCACUGAAAGGCGUUGCUAAAGCAUCUGCUGAUGGUGUAUACAAUCGCUUAACGGAUCAUACCAAAUAUACCGGUUCACAUAAGGAACGCUUUGAUGCUGAAGGUAAAGGACGUGGGAAACUUGGCAGGGAGGAUAUCGUCGAGCAAACCGGUUAUGUAGCAGCCUAUAAGAAUAAGGAUACUUAUGAUAAAAUAGACAAUGAGGCAUAUUUUUUCUUGUUGCGGCAAAGAAUGGCUUGUGGAGGAGGUUAUUAUCAUAUUUGGCUGUCCUCAUAUUUCACUGAACAGUUUGCAUCAAUAUAUCAGCUAUUUACUCCAUUUACUCCAGGCGAAGAAGCACAAAAUAAACGAUAUGUUUAUCUCACCUCUGCGAUGCAUACAGCCCCGAUGAGGACAGCAUAG